AUGUCUCAUCCUGCCGAGUAUCGUACUUCCUACAACUACGACAAUGCGGCAGGGGUGGGGUUUAAUAGGUGGGAAGUACCUGCGUUUCAACACGAUACGAUUGAAUGGCACCGCCGGCUUUCCCACGAGAUUGGAGUCUCAAGUGCAACGCUAUACGAGGCGGAAUCUACUGCGACAUCUGAAACAUUUGUACUGUCAAGAUAUCCCUCUAAAAAGCGAGUCCGCAGUCUCUUUGACAUGGCGAUUAGAGUUGUUGCAGACAACCUUGCUACGCUUAAGAUAGGGGACUUAGAUGGUAUCCCUUUUCAAAUAGCAUACGGCAUUUGGAACAUCCUGAUCGAUAACAACCGACCUGUACCGUUGCAGUCGUUCCUAGUCCUCGCAACGUGUCUUACCAAGCAGCAUCGUGAAUACGAAAGGGAGAGGCUAAUGCCAAGAGGCCUUUUCCAAUUUAAUUACACCGCGGAGCUCCCAUUCGCCAAGUUACCCACCUACAUCAAACCACUUAUAUCACACUCUUUCGACUUCAUCGUUCAUCUUAUAUUUGCUCACGUUCACACGACAUUUUCUGAACAUGAUUUUUUGGCACUGGCGGACCUCAAAAACCUGGGCGUGCUGGAAAUAAUACAACCAAGUGUCCCGACUAUCACGCAGUUUCCUCGCAUAACCGAUUCUAUCGUCAGACAUUGGGCCGAGGUGCCGAACCCGUUCCCCCUCCUCCGAGUUUUGAGAAUCUGGGGAUAUGAUAGCACUACCUUCAGAUCGUUACAUUAUCUAAAUAAGUUUCCCUCCCUUGCUGUUUACGACGUCGCCGGCAGGCCGAAAGAUUGGGACCUGCGACAGCAACCGCAAUUUUUAGAUCCUGAUUGGAACUGGGAAGAGGUAAGUUACUAUCCUCGCCGCAUGGAUGAUUCCAUUUUUAAGGCCUUUUACGAGCGUUAUCCAACUCCCGUCUGCGUCCCAUCAUGGUUGAUGGAUAGCACGCGCACACAUGAGGAGGAGGAUUAUGACAUGCCGAGAAUUGAGACCCAGAGGGUUGAUAUCAUGAGGAGAGAUCGCAUACCAUUCUUGUCCCAAGCUGCUACUCUGACGCCACAGCAAUUGGAUACUAUGUGCGCCAAAGUUUGCCUUCAUCAUCAGGCAUACAUGCUCUACUGUCAGGUUGGCCAAUCACGGUCGGAUAAGGACCUCGUUGCGCAAGGCGUGAGUGAUGCUGAUAAGGCGUUUGUUAUGGGCAGCCAGCAUGUUAUCCCACCCAGGCCGUACAUCACGAUAAAAUUCGGUUCCUGCUGCAAACCCGUGUGCCAACGAUGGGACUGGACCAAACCUCCCCACCCGAGAAUGGCAUGCACUUGUGCGAGCUACACCAAUGCUUCUGAUAUGGAUCGCUUCACUUUCGUACGGAAAAAGAAUGGCACGGGGAAACGUCAGCGUCAGUCUAGCUCAGGCAGCGGAUCAUUUGGUAAGGGCGGGCCACCCAACAAGCCAGAUUCUGGACCGAGACUUCGAAAGAAAAUAAGAAAGUUUUCUUUGGGAGAUCUCUAGGUUAAGCACAAAUGUUCGCCCCUUUUCACUUGUAUAGUGUCCUUGCUAUCUGCCUACCUGACUCUGAUGAGCAAAGGGUUACGGAACAGGGUAUUCGUAUUGAAUUCUAUUUGACAGGUACCUACCUAUCCCUGUCUAAGUAGUCUAAGCUAAGCUUUUGCAGCCUCACAGGUGGGAUAUCAUCGAUCUGUGAUGAGAUUGGACUCAUCACAGAACUUGCCAUUUUCAGUCGAGUCUAUUGCAUAUCAUAAUAAGGUGUUAUCAAAUCAUUUCCGUAUAUUUUCCAUUAAAGAUCGGACGAUUGAGUCCAAUUCCCCGGGUCCAUAGGAGUUAAUUAAGUACUAACUCAGAUCAGUUAACAAGCAACUAAUCUACCCACGUCUUAAAUAACAAUCACCAUCUGGAUUGUACCUAG